AUGAGGGACACCACGACUGACACCAUCAUCUGGAGCAGAGCAGAAGAGGCCGAUGCCACUCUUACAGAGGAGGCCGAGUUUCCUCUACCGCUUGGAGGUGAUGCGCCGCAGGAUGCAGUGGAAGUCGAGAUCGAAGUUGAGGACGAGCAAGAUGAAGAUCAGUCACAGCCCGUUGCCGCCGUUGAGCUCCCCGUUGAAGAUGUUCCCGCAGCUCCACGUGUCACGUUCAACACUGACAUUGAAGUGGUGCCCAUCUCCUCAACGAGAAGGACCGACUCCCUUUUGGAAAUCAUCCCUCACGAGAAGGAGAUCGAGGACACUGGUGGAGAAGUGCCCAGGAGCCAUGCGGCUGGUACAUAG